GGUGGGGGAGAAGCCCACAAAUCAGAGAGAAGAAAACAGGCUCCUGCGGCCACACCCGCCUACCGGUCUGUAUAAGAGAUAGAGCCGCAAUUGACGCUACCACCAAAAUCACCCACCGCAAGGAUGGCACCAACUGGAGCUAAGAGUGGCAAAAGGGGCCUACUGGAGCGUCUCGAUGCAGGAGAAGUGGUUAUCGGAGAUGGGGGCUUUGUGUUUGCCUUGGAGAAAAGAGGUUAUGUGAAAGCUGGACCAUGGACCCCUGAAGCUGCAGUAGAGAACCCAGAGGCAGUACGUCAGCUACACAGGGAGUUCCUCAGAGCCGGCGCAAAUGUAAUGCAGACAUUUACCUUCUACGCCAGUGACGAUAAACUGGAGAACAGAGGGAACUACGUGGCAGAGAAAAUCUCAGGUCAAAAAGUGAACGAAGCAGCUUGUGACAUCGCAAGAGAGGUUGCAAAUGAAGGUGAUGCAUUGGUUGCAGGAGGUGUCAGUCAAACCCCUUCAUAUCUGAGCUGCAAGAGUCAGUCUGAGGUGAAGGCUAUAUUCCGAAAACAGCUGGAUGUAUUCAUAAAGAAGAACGUGGACUUUCUCAUUGCUGAGUACUUUGAACACGUGGAAGAAGCUGUCUGGGCAGUAGAAGUCUUGAAAGAGUCUGGAAAACCAGUUGCAGCUACAUUAUGUAUUGGUCCAGAAGGAGACUUAAGCGGUGUACCCCCUGGAGAGUGCGCAGUGAGGCUGGCAAAAGCUGGAGCCUCUGUGGUCGGAGUGAAUUGUCAUUUCGACCCAAUGACCUGUGUGGCAACCGUGAAGCUGAUGAAGGAAGGGUUGGUGGCAGCCAAUGUCAAAGCCCACCUGAUGACACAACCUCUGGCGUAUCACACACCUGACUGCGGCAAGCAAGGUUUCAUUGACCUGCCAGAGUUUCCUUUUGCUCUGGAACCACGAAUUGUGUCAAGAUGGGACAUACAUAAGUAUGCCAGGGCAGCCUACGAUCUUGGAGUCAGGUACAUUGGUGGCUGUUGUGGUUUUGAGCCAUACCAUACCAGAGCCAUAGCAGAAGAGCUGGCCCCAGAAAGAGGAUUUCUACCAACUGGCUCAGAGAAACAUGGCAGCUGGGGAAGUGGACUGGACAUGCAUACUAAACCCUGGGUUCGAGCAAGGGCCAGGCGAGACUAUUGGGAGACCUUGAAACCUGCUUCAGGGAGACCUUAUUGUCCUUCUAUGUCAAAGCCGGAUGCCUGGGGAGUGACCAAAGGACAUGCAGAACUGAUGCAGCAGAAGGAAGCAACUACUGAACAUCAGCUUAAAGAAUUAUUUUCAAAGCAAUCCUUCAAAUCCAACUAGAUAUUCAUCUCAAUAAUUUGAUGCUUUUUGUACAAACAAAUCAUCCAAAUAAUGAUCAUUUUUAACUUUCAUAAAAGCAAAUGUAAUCAG